AUGGUCAGUGAAAUUGAAUCAUCCAAAGGGAAGUUGGUGGAAUAUGAUACACAGAAGAAGAAUCCUGUAUAUCAUCUAGGGUCGAGUGAUGGACCAGGAACUAUCAUCACGCCAAUAGUUCUGAGAGGGAAUAAUUAUGAUGAAUGGUCUAGAGCCAUAAGAAGAUCGUUGAUAGCCAAGAGAAAAUUUGGUUUCAUUGAUGGAACCAUCAAGAGACCUGAAGAUCCAGAUCAGUUAGAAGAAUGGAUAACAGUACAAUCAACGUUGGUUUCAUGGAUUGGUAACACAUUAGAGUUGUCAGUAAGAUCGACUCUGGGAGAUUAUGAGGAUGCAAGUCUAUUAUGGGCACACUUGAAGAGAAGAUUUUGUGUUGUUAGUGGAACAAGAAUAUGUCAACUAAAAGCAUCGUUAAGUGACUGCAAACAGAAGAAAACAGAGGGAGUUGCUAUAUACUUUGGAAAAUUGAACAAAAUAUGGAUGAGAUGUUCUUUGCGUGAAAAAUUGCUUGCAAGGGAACCAUUGCCAUCCGUAGAUGUUGCGUAUCAAACCAUUGUGAACUCAGAACGCCUGAAGAUUGGAGAUGGAGUAGUGCCUACAGAGAUGCAGGAGAAUGUUAUGGAUUUCAAGGUGCAAAAUGAUCAACUCCUACUUAAUAGUGCUUAUGAUCCCACCAAGUACUGCAAAACGUGCAGCAGACAAGGACACUAUGAUGAUGGCUGUUUUAAGAUUAUUGGUGUUGGUACGUCAUCAGCUGAUGGAACAGGUCUAGUAGGAGUUACAGCAGCACAGGUUCAACAGGUGAUGGAGAUUUUAAACUCAAGAAAGUCUGGUUCUCAUCUACAAGGUAAAAAGAAUGAAAUAUCUUGGAUUGUUGACACAGGAUCAACAAACCAUGUUACGUAUGAACUUCUUAACAUGAUAAGUGUAAGAGAUAUUAGGGCAUGUUCAGUUGGAUUGCCUGAUGGAAAGUAUGCAUACUCUGAGAAAAUAGGAACUGUGAUUCUUCCUGGUGGAUUGAAACUUGAAAACGUGCUUUAUGUACCACAGAUAACCUUUAUGGCUGUGCAUGAAGAUGCAUAUGAGUUGUGGCAUCAACGUAUGGGACACCCUUCAGAGAAAGUUUUGCAGAAGUUGCAAGGUGUGAGUAGAUUAAUUAAGAAGAAUAAUGAUGCUUGUGAUAUUUGUCCCCGGGCAAAGCAUCGUAGAAGCAGUUUUGCUAGCAGUUUGAGUAAAUCGAAUUGUACUCCUCAACAAAAUGGAAGAGUAGAGAGAAAGCACCAACAUAUAAUGAAUGUAGCAAGGGCUUUAAGAUUUCAAGCGAGAUUGCCGAAACGGUUUUGGGGAGAGUGUGCAUUGACAGCAGCGUACUUGAUAAAUUGUACGCCUACACCUAUCCUAAAUAAUAAAACACCAUAUGAAGUAUUGUUUGGAAAACCACCUCUAUAUAAACAGUUGAAGGUGUUUGGAUGUUUAUGUUAUGUGCAUGAUCAAAGUAGCAAAGGAGAUAAGUUUGCUAGUAGAGGAAGAAGGUGUGUAUUUCUUGGUUAUCCAUAUGGUAAGAAGGCGUGGCAAGUUUAUGAUCUAGACACAAGAAAGUUUAUGGUGUCUCGAGAUGUCAAAUUCUAUGAGACACAGUUUCCAUAUAAGACUGAGUUGAAUGGUAAUAUAGUUGAGACUGACAUAAUGGGAAGCACUAGAAGUCAUAUAGUGACUGAUUUUGCUGGGACUUCAACUGAGACAGAUCGUGAUGGUAAAGAAUGGAGUGAUGACGAAGAUUACAUGGUUGUUGGCAGUGAAAAAGCUGCAGAAAUACAACGACAGACAGAUGGAAAUGUUGCAGUACAGACUGCAGUGCCUGAUGACGAUGUCGUUGUGCAAACUGCAGCACCUGCUGAAGAUGUCGCAGUACAGACUACAGCACCUGCUGAAGAUAUCGCAGUUCAGCAUCAGACUGCAGCGUCAGAAAAUCAGGCAGUUGUGAACAAUGACAGACAAGCCACAGAUGCUGCUGUUGACAACAAUGGUUUAGGUAAGGGCAAGCGUCAGAAGAUCCCUUCAAGUAGGCUGAAAGGUUUUUCUGAGCCGAGAAAUUUCAGAGAGGCAAUGAAACAUCCAGGUUGGAGGAAAGCAAUGGCGGAAGAAAUACGGGCCUUAGAAGAACAAGGAACAUGGGAUCUAACAGAAUUGCCACCUGGUAAGAAGGCUCUUGGAAGUAAGUGGAUAUAUACGGAAAAGUAUGAUGAAAACGGUACUUUGGUGCGUUUAAAGGCGAGAUUUGUGAUUUUUGGAAAUCAUCAAGUUGAAGGAUUAGAUUAUAAUGAGACGUUUGCACCAGUGGCAAAGAUGACAACUGUUCGUAUGUUUUUGGCUGUUGCUGCAGCUAAACAGUGGGACGUAAAGAUGCAACUUAAUGUGCUGGUGUAUGUUGAUGAUUUGAUUAUUGCAGAAUUUCCUAUGGAAACAAAUCAUCGUCUUGCUUUAGCAACAGGAGAUUUGCUUAAUAAUGUAGAGAAAAUGAACUUCGGACACCUACCAUUCUACAAUCGCGAUUUAACCGAUGAGGAUAUCUUGAGGCAACCACAAAGAGUACCGGUGAGGAACCUGUACAAGUUUGCAUUCGGAGCUGAAACCCGGCUUGAACAAGCCCUGGAAUUGAUUGAUAAGCUUUCACUUGAAGAGCUUAUUGAGGUCAUCACCUUCGCCAGGAUGAGGAGAAACAUGAUUUCAUCUGGGAGGGAAGUCCAUGCAGAAAUGCAAGAAAUGUGGGAACUAAUGGCUGAAGUACAAGCUGCUCCUGAUGGUGGUGAUGCUGGUGCUCCAGUUGAUGGUGGUGAUGCUCCUCAUACUGAUGGUGGUGAUGCUGGUGUUGCUGCUCCUGCUGAUGGUGGUGAUGCUGGUGUCGGUGCUCCUUCUGUUUACGUUUUUAUGUUUAAGUUAUAG